CCCGCUGCAUUCUUUUCCUUAUUAUUUGGCUGAUCACUGGAGGAAGGCAUCACUUCUGGUUCUUGCCAAAUCUGACAGCAGAUGUGGGAUUCAUUGACUCCUUCAGGCCCCUGUACACACAUGAAUACAAAGGACCAAAAGCAGACUUAAAGAAAGAGGAAAAAUCAGAAUCCAAAAAGCAGCCAAAAUACGACAGUGAAGAGAAAUCAGACAGUGAGAAGAAGGAGGAGGAAGAUGGAAAAACAGAAGCAACAAGGAACUCGGGAACAGAAGGCUCAGGAGGAGAGCGACAUUCAGACACAGACAGUGACAGGCGUGAAGAUGACAGGUCCCAGCACAGUAGUGGAAAUGGAAACGACUUUGAAAUGAUCACAAAAGAGGAACUUGAGCAGCAAACAGAUGAAGAAGAUUGUGAAGAGGAAGAGGAGGAAGAUGCUGAAAGUAGGCCUUCACAUGAAAAAUCAUAACUCACUGUGGUUUUGGGACUAAGUAUGUGCAAAUGGUUGGAUUUUCUUUGUUGGCUGAUCACCAAAACAUAGACCGUACAGUAGCA